CACUUGUAGGCAGGAUGAGGCUUGGAAGCAGCCUGAGGCUUGUUCUUUUCUGCUGGGUUUUUGGGGGGGUGGCUGCUUACCACCCGUGGGAUGUCCUUAAAGGGGAGGUAGAGCUAUGGAAGCGUGGAGGGGACCCUUCCUUUGGGCAGCCCAGAGCCUUCUCCCAGCCCUCUCCCUGGGCAUGGGUGGAUGUUUCCCAGCUGCAGGCAGCUGCCCCCUUGCACCCUGUGGCUGUGCAGUGCCAGGAGGCACAGAUGGUGGUCACUGUGCACAGGGACCUCUUUGGCACAGGACGUCUGGUCAAGGCUACAGACCUGAGCCUGGGCUCAGCCUCCUGCUUGCCUGUAGCCUGGAGCACUGCUGAGCCUCUGGUGACCUUUGUGGCUGGGCUGCAUGAGUGUGGCAGCAGCCUCAGGGUGACUCCUGAGGCUCUGAUCUACAGCACAAGCUUGAACUACAACCCAGUCCCUACCGGUAACCCCAACAUCAUCCGAGCCAGCCCUGCCCUGGUUCCUAUUGAGUGCUACUACCCAAGGAGGGACAAUGUGAGCAGCAAUGCUGUCAAACCCACAUGGGCACCCUUCCACUCCACCUUGUCCUCUGAGGAGCAGCUGCUCUUCUCUCUGCACCUCAUGAAUGAUGAUUGGAGUGCAGAGAGGGACUCUGCUGUCUUUCACCUGGGAGAGGUCCUCCACUUCCAAGCUGAGGUCAAGGCAGAGAACCAUGCACCUCUGAGGCUCUUUGUGGACAGCUGUGUGGCCACCCCAAGCCCAGACAGAAGCACUUCUCUCCACUAUGCCUUCAUUGACUUCAGUGGGUGCUUGGUGGAUGGGCAACUGGAUGAUGCCACCUCGACUUUUAUCUCCCCAAGACCCAGGCAAGAUGUGCUGCAGUUUGCAGUGGAGGCUUUCAAGUUUGCAGGAGGCUCCAGCAACCUGGUCUACAUCACCUGCCACCUGAAGGUCUCCCUGGCUGCCCAAGCUCCAGACCCUCUCAACAAGGCUUGCUCCUUCCACAGAGCCAGCAGCCUAUGGACUCCUGUGGAAGGCACUCAGGACAUCUGUUCCUGCUGUGAGAUGAGGAGCUGUGGCUCAACCAGGCACUCCAGGAGGUUCCAGAGCCCUUCACAAUGGCAAAGAGGCCGUGCCAGAAGAGCAAUACCCUCCCAGCUUGAUGCCUUGCUGGAAGAAGCAGAUGUUGUGGUUGGACCUCUCUUGAUCCACAGCUGGCAGGAUCACUCAGUUAGGAGGUUACCUUCUCAAGGUGCUCAUCAUAUGUGGGUGGCACUGAUGCUGGCUGCUGUUGCUGGUUUGGUCAUCCUGCUGCUUGCUGUUCUAGGAGCAUUGAGUGUCUGCUGGACACCCAGCAGCCUCCUUUGAGGCACUGCUUUUAGCUGUCCACCCAGUAACAAACUGAGAGGCUUGAGGGAGAAGUCUCCCUGGAGAGCCAGAUGGAAUAAAGCUUCUUGUUAACUUGA